GCAGCAGAAAAACAUCAAUCUUUUGAAGAUUUUUGCUUCAAAAACGGAAUUAUUAUUUUUGUUUACAUUUUCUAAUAUUUUCCAUUGGAUUCCCUGGUUUAUUUAGGCCUGACGUCUGCUCUGUCGGUAGGUAUGUUGUGGGGCUCGUCGUGUAUUCCUAAAUCCCCUACUCAAGAAGGUAUAAUUGUAAAGGUUGUAGGACAAAAUGUCUCAAUUGCAUUUCGGUAUUUUGGUCAACCCAUUGCCCUGGCCCUUACGAUACUGUGAACUUUUAACGCGAAUGAUUAUUUUCAUCGAUUAGGCUGCUCUAGGUGAUUUUCCCUAGAUACUGCCUGUGUACAGUUAAGAAGAGUUUAUAAAUCCAUGUGGCUUCGAUCAAGCGCGGACUGUAGGAAUUGGAGGAGUUUUGGGUUGACUGUCUUUGCGAUGUUGCAACAAAUUUUAACUCGUCCUACGCACUUUGCUCAAACAAAUGUCCUCUUUCACCUGCUGAUGAUUUUCUUCUUGUACAGGUGUUGCCACGCAGCCGUCAAAUAGCUGUGCAUACUUUAGGUUAUUCGUGUUUACUUGGGGCUUUCAUAACAAAUUUCGUGACGUCAUCAUUUCAGUUGAGAGGCUAUAGUAUAUGCGAUCGUAUUGAUAUCCGGUUGAAAAUGGCAAAUUCCACUGUGGAACGUUGCGCAACUGGCAGUAUAGCACAAUAUCCUAUUCUCUUCCGUGCCGUCAUAGCGUCCUCUAUUCCCAACGCAAUUGGCUGUUUGUCGGAAUUCAUUUGGAGAAUGUCCAGUCUGCGUUACGUAAUGUUACGGUCGGUGCACUCCAUCCCGAUAACAUCGUCAUAGCAUCGAUGACAGUCACCGAUGCAAUCGACGUACUUUCGGUUUUGGAGAAAAACGAAUGGAAACAUCUCAAGCAACUGAGGGGGAUAUCGACAAAAGUAUUUCGACCGGAUGGCACUGGCACGGAUUGAUCGAGAUCAACAACUCGCCAAUCUAAUCAUUUUUGUUGACCAUCUCUCAACAUCUUUACGUAAAGGAUUCUUCAUUUAUUAUUUUCUUAGCGCAAGUCUUACAGAUAGAAAGGUGGAGCUAAAAUGGAGAGACUCCUCCCUUCCAUCUGUAAACGUGUGUACAUCUCCACUAUGUACAACACACACAUACACACACACACAGACAGACACAGAGAGAAGAGGGGGGAGGGUUGCGUGAAUGAGGAGAGGGUGGUUGUCCCGGUGCUUUUAUAUGCCACCCCUCUUGUCUGACGGAGGCAGAAAGAUUCAGAAUGAAAGUAGUUUCAAAAACUUGGUCUCUAGCGCGUGACACCGUCAGUGAGGUGAUACAAACCGGACGGGUAGGAACCGCCAAACCGCUCGCGUGUCCCUCAACACUCUGAUUGAGACAAUAGAGACAUGCUGGACAAGAAACGAAUCGCAAACGAUUAAAACACGCACCUCACAAGUGAAUUUGAGAUUUGUGGCGGUCCAUGUUUGAUUUCAAGCCGAAGACAUUCAAACAAAACAUUGUCGGGAUAUGAAUGCCGAGGUGGUUAGCGUGUCCUCGGCCGUCAGCAACGACAAGGUGCCGCUGUUGAAUCGACACAUGGCUGAAUCGUCCAUUCAGACGGCCACAUCCUCCAAAAAUAACGCGCUCGACGACUGUCAGGACAGUCAACUGAUGUCGUUAUGGCGACCCAUAAUGUGCCGGACGAGUCAAAUGUUCCCUCCACCUGCACCGCCGACGAGGAGUUCAUCGUCGGUCGCAACCGACCUGUCCGUCUUGACGGGCAGCAUGUCUUCGUAUUUCCAGCACGCCAGCCAAUCUGUUGGCGGCAACAGCGAUGCUCUUAAAACGCCGCAUCCAAACAACAGCGUUAAAAACUGUUUGCCUCCGAACAACAACAACAACAUCAACAAGAUGGACUCGCAUCAAAUGGCUCACCCUGUCAGCAUCGCGUCACCCACAACCAUUGGUAAAUCGAUUCCUGUGCAUUGCGUGGUGAUGAACACGACGACGCCGUGUUACUUGGCCGAUGCGGCCAUGAUUUCGACGCCUAGCGCAAGUGGUGGAAUCGAAGGAGGAGCAACGACUCCAACCAAAGCGACGUGCAACAGUGGCCAUCAAGCGGAGGAAUCGGUGGACGUCGACAGUUACGCCAUCAUUCCGGCAUCGACGUUAUUCAAUCAAAUUGUGCCCGUGGUCCUCCGCAAACUCGGAUACACCGAAGACGUCAUCUUUAAUGCAACCGGUUGGCUGAUGAUGAAAAAUUGGCGUCCAUUGAGUUUGACUCAAAUCGCCAGCAGCGAAAGGGAAACUGUUGGCGGAGUCCUUGGCGAAUUGACCACCGUUGCCACACUCCGCAUUUACGUCAGAAGGAAUUGUAGCAGCAAUGUGAGCAAUCACCAAUCAGAGAUGAAGAACAAAGUGUUGAGAUGGUUGAUGACCCAGAGCCAACAUUUAAUCAACAAUACCCGUUUCCCUUUGGACGAGAAAUGGCAACAAAAAGUGAUGAGAGGAGAACGACCAGCUACGCCAUCUGCUGACGCGCGCCGACAAUUUGACGUUUGGUUCCAACAGGAAAUGCUCCGUCCCAGCCCUUCGACACCGACUCAGCAACACCAGCAGCAACAACAACAACAACAGCAACAGCAACAGCAGAUGAUGACUAGAUCCAGUAAUGAGAAAAUGAAUCAUCAACAACGUCACAGUCCGAACAGCAACAAUGAUCAAGCGCCCGGAUCAGAGAAUAACAAUAAUUUAUGCAUGUCGACUGGUCUUCAUUCGUCAUCGUCCUCGUCUCAAUUAUCUCGGGAUGUUUCGGCCGUGGCCUCGUCGGCUGCGGUUCCUCGCGUCCGCAUGAGGACCACCUUUGAUCCGGAACAAGAGUUGCCCCGUCUGCAGCGUUGGUUUGCCGAGAAUCAACACCCGACUCGCUUCCAGUUGCAACUCUACGUCCAGGAGCUCAACGAACUGGAAUCGAGGCGUGGACGUAAGCCGCUGGAUGUCAGCAAUUUGGUGUAUUGGUUUAAAAAUGCGCGGGCCGCCUUUAAACGGGCGGAAGUGCGAGGCGGAAAUCAUCAUUUGGCUGGCGGAAGAGAAUCCAAUGGAUCUUGGAUGACAACGGGCCAUUCGAUGCGUGAAGGAGUGCAUCUUUCCUCGUCCGGCCGGUUGGCUGGCGAAGACGAGGAGGAGGAAGAAAGUUCUGACGGCGAUCGUCUUCGCCACCGCCGCCGCCAUCAUCAUCACCACCACCACCACCACCGGAUGAUGGCCGAGGAAGAGGAUGCCAUCGACGACGAAGAGGAAGAAGACAUUGACGAAGAUGAUGAAGACGAGGAUGCCAAUUCGUCGGUUUCUGAUCGCUCGAGGCGAAGUUUCUCUUCGACGCAUCCAUCUGUCGUCCUUCCGCUGAAAUUGGAGCCGCUGGAUCUCAACCGCAGCAGCAGCUGUGACGAACGGGACACGAAAAUUCAACACGAAAAUCAUGCGGACGAGACGGAAGAGCCGGAACGGAUGGAUCCCGUCAUCCAGCCGUCUGCUCUUGCGCUCAACGGAGUCGAUGAUGGAGGUGGAGAUUUGGACGAUGACGACGAUGUUGGAUCUCAAGCGUCGGCCGAUUCCGACUCUGAACUGGAAGAUUACGCUGAAAAUUUGUCGCUGUCGAAACAUCCGUCGGACGCAAUGGCGGCGGCGGAUGGAAGCCAUCACAACCACAAGAAAGUGGAUCCACUUCUUCAACACAACACGAGCGGUUCAUCGAGCAGCCAAGAUUACGCGGCGGCGGUGGCGGCGGCGGCAGCGACAGCAGCGGCGACGACGUCGGGAACGGGAUCGAGCGGAGCCUAUUCGGGAUUUUCAGGUUUGAAUUUGAGUCACGCACAACUGAAUCCGCACGGGCUAGUCUACAUGACGUCACCCUAUUUACAAGGCAUUGGAUCUUCGCUGCUGCAUCACCAAUCGGCGGCCGCAGCAGCUGCAGCCGCCGCCGCGGCCGCUGGGUUGGCUCAUCACCUCCACCACCACCAGCAGCACCAGUCGUCUUCUUCGUCGUCUUCGCGCGGCCCAAUCGGCAUGGAUCCAUUGAGUUUGACCUCGUCGUCUGGCGUGGCCAAUUGCAGCGAUGAUCGGCGUAAACGCAAUCGGACGUUUAUCGAUCCGGUGACGGAAGUGCCCCGUUUGGAGCAAUGGUUUUCUCUCAAUACGCAUCCGUCUCACUCGUUGGUGCUCCGCUACACGGACGAACUCAAUCGCCAGCCGUAUCGACUGAAAUUCCCCAAAUUGGAGCCGAAAAAUGUCCAAUUUUGGUUUAAAAAUCGACGCGCCAAAUGCAAACGGCUGAAACUUUCGCUCUGAGUCACGUGAACAAAUUGGCAAAAAAGUUGUCCACUUUUUCUAUUUUUUUCUUUUUUCGAAUCAUUUUGCUCGUUGAAUCGUUGAAAUUGUAAUCUGAUCGAUUGACUUUUUGAUAUUUCCCUGUUUUUGUUUUCUCGCGCGAGCCUAGUCGUCAUUUUGUUUGCCAUUUCUGUGUUGCGUCAUUUUCCAUCCCCCCGAAAAAACAAUGAAUUCAUUUGUUUUUGUUUUUGUGAUUGUGGCGUGUGUGUCUUUGUUGUUCACAUCAAGGGUAACAUCAUGAUACCCUUUAUCUUAUUAUUCUUGCCCCUCCCACUGUAUCAAUGUGUGAUUGUCAUCGUUGUAUUAUGAAAAUAACAACAAAAUAAUCUCUUGUCGCAAUUGUCUAAUGUUCUUCCACCCCCUCAUUCCUUCCCUUGUUAAAACAAAAAACAAAACAAAAAAUUGGACAACGUGUCGUGUGCCAUCCGUUAUUUCCGUUCAUUUGUUUUUUGUUUCUUUUAAUUUUUUUUAUGAAAUUCCCCAACAGAAAAACAACACAAAUAAUAAACGUUAAAAAACAUG